CGAAAUCACUGUUAUACUUAACGACUGUUUUUAUUUCAGUUGUAAGUUUCCUGAGCAUAUUUGUAGGCGGCCUAUUCAUGGGAGUUAGUGUUACCAAAAGACUCCUGCACGGCCCGCUUCAGAUUGAAAACCUCCCAACCAACGUGACUUUCUCAGACGGCAUCUACAGGAUCCUUUGGUAUAAUCCGCCAUUAUUUCUUACGACCAGACCGGAAGCGAAAUACAGCGGAUUUACCCGAUGUAAAUUCAGCAACUGUGCCAUGCUGUUUGACCAGUGUGAGUUAGAACGCAGUCACGCUGUGAUAUUUUAUGGACGUCAUUUACGUCAAGAUGUUUUAAAGCCGAUUCGCCGUCCCUUGGGACAAGUGUGGAUUUUCGCAGCAGACGAAAGCCCAGUUCAUUACAAUAUCGACGGAGACGAAUGGUCAGACGAAAACUGGAGGCAUAGGUUUAAUUGGACAAUGACAUACGACAAAACGAAUACGGAUAUUUUUCUACCGUACGGCAAGCUGCAGCAGAGAACUCAUGCAAACAUUCGAAAUUAUUCCGCAAUAGCGUUACAGAAAUUUCGUGGCGGGAUUUUAAUAAGUUCACAUUGUAAUAAUAAAGCUGAAAGAGAAAAAUACGCCAAGAUUUUGCAACGGUACAUUCCUAUCGAUAUAAAAGGUAAAUGCGGACAUCCUUGGACAUGUGGGACGCAAUAUGUCCACGACAAUUGCUUCGAUAUUUUAAACAGUACCUACAAGUUCUUUUUAGCAUUUGAAAAUUCUUUAUGUAGGGGCUAUUUUACAGAAAAACUAUUCGAGAAUUACAAUUACGAUACUUUAAUAGUCACUAGAGGAGGUGGCCAAGGCGAAGCGUCAGCUACAUUUCCGUCUGGGACAGUUAUAAGUACGGAUUCCUUCCAAAGUGUCGACGAGCUAGGGGAAUAUCUCGCCGCACUGCACAUGUCGCCGGAGUUAUACGCCGAAAGACUGAAAGAUAAGGACAAGUUCUACGCGGACAGUUAUUCCAGCGUUUACCAAAACGCGAUGUGCCGUUUAUGUGAGAUGAUGAAUAAACAGGACCACUUUAGGAAACAGAUACCGGACACGUUCGAAUGGGCGUACAGCUCUGAACCGUGCAGAGUACCAGACGAUAUACCGUCGUGACUAUAAUAAUUAUAAAUGGAUCAGGGGUUUCCUAAAAACCGAAAAGUCACGAGUCAAAAUUAAGCCGUCAACACAUGUUUCUGAGGGUCGGUAAAAUUUUGUGAUUUUGUUCUUAUUUGUUAUUAUUUUGACUUUGCAAACGAGUCUGACAUUUGUAUUUUCAAACUCCGAGUCAAAAUGGGAGUAAAAAAGCUUCGAAUAGAUUCGUGUGAUGCAUUUAAUCGAUGAUUUCCUGACCUCGAAGAGAGUGUAUUGGUGCAGUAA